UGCUGAGGCAAGAGAUCACUGCACAAUACCAGAUCAAGACGUUGCGAGCGGAUUCACAGCUCAAUUCCUAGCGAGGAUCCUCUUUGUUUUGUGGAAUGUGGUGGCAUCUUUACCUGCUGGGAGGUAGCGUAACCAACCAGUCACCACUUUCUGCCGCUAUCGUUGAUCGGACUUUAAGAUGAAGGGGUAAUACUCACCAUCUUCUUGCAAUAUGAGCAGACAAGUUGAUCAUUGGGAGCUACAGUCCGGCCGGAGUUACGCGAGCUUGUGAUUCGACGCCUGAUUGAAAUAUCUCCGGUACUCGAGCACUCAAGUGUAGAAAUUGAGGUCGAUCACAAGAUUAGGAUGGCAAUUAGAGCUUUUCGCAGUUCAGAAUUGUAGUGAAGCAUCGAAGUUCGCGUUCAGAUCUCGAGCAAGGGUGUAGCUUAUAGCACAUCUUGCCGUGUCCAUUGCGGGAAGUCCUCUCCUGGUGAAUAAUUUCAAUUCUCAAAACAAAUCACGACAUGAGGAAGCUCCUGGGAGGAGGCCGGGUGGGCAUCACCCUAGGCUUCGCGGACAAUAAAGUGGAGAGAGUUGUUCUCCAGAAUUCCUUAUACGGUGACUCCGUAGCUCAUAGUGUGACCUCUGCUAGUCCUCCGAAAUCAUUCAAACACGAGGACAGGACUCGGAAAGAACUGAGAAGACCCGGGAAUUUGGUACGAGCUUCUCAUGGAGCCUGCAGUAGCCACAGCGAGCAUUUUGCAACAUUAGGUCUCAGCGCUGCCGCCUCUAGACAGGAAAUCAAGCAAGCCUACCGCAAAUUGGCUCUUCAGUAUCAUCCUGAUGUCUGCAAGGGAGAACAUUGCGCUCUUAUGUUCAAACAAGUGAACGAUGCCUACUAUGUUGCAUUGGAGGCGGAAGAGCAAGUUGUCAAUGAUAUUGGCACCGACGACUGUCUAGAUGGUUUCAUGGGAGCUGAGGACGAUUCCUGGGAUGAGUGGGAGGAGUGGAUGGGUUGGGAAGGUGCCGGAGCCGCCGACUAUUCUUCCCACAUCAACCCUGCUUACAGCUUCUGAACAGCCACCAAUUCCCAAACCACCGCAACAUCACCGUCGAUAUUGUGUACAUUAACCUGAUUCGUCGAAGUCUUUCAGAAACAUGAAGGGGAACAACAGCCCUAGAGGCUCCUGUGUCGACUCCACUUCUGCACUGUGCAUGUGACGCAAAAUACCUCGCUCUUGUAAUUACGUCCACAGAGGGACUACAUCAGAAGCAACAACAUCAACAACAAACCCUGAAAAAUCCUCUCUGAUUUGUACAGUUUGAGCACUGGUAACCGCAUCUAAGCGAUUGGUGAUGUGGGUACUUCAUGAGCUUCGGAUGGAGUUGUUAUCCUGUUUGUUUAGAUUGCAGCAUUGUGCAUGGGCUCCUUCUUAUAAUGAUUCAUAGAGGAGGUUGUUACUGCUGUUGGUGCGUGAAAGCUUUUUCCAACUGUUGGAGGUAGCAUUUCUUAACCUCACUGGCACCAAUAGCAGUGUGUCGAUGCUUGUAGUUUCUUUGUUGUUACGGUUAGGAAACUGGAAUGAGAAUAGAUGAUGAAAGGUGAGGUAGUGUCGUUGUUGAAUGUGAUUGUGUUUUAGAGCGAAGCAGCGUCAUCCUCAAAUUUUAGAUAUAAGAAAACUUAAGUCCAACUUUGCAUAAUUUUAAUGUGGUAAGAAAUGAAUAGUUCUAAAACAAAUUGUUUCAAAAGCAACAGAAUUGGGAUUUUAGUAGAAAGUAUGAAAUUUAUGAUGUAAAAAUAUUAUUAUUGAACUUUGGCAGUAACAUUAGCAUAGGCCAUAGCAAAGGAUACAAAUAAAGACUGCUGUGUUUUUCUCUA